CAAAAAAAAAAAAAAAAAAAAAAGAAGAAGACCAUGUGGAUAAUGAAGAUAAAGCUGGCAGCUGCAUUAGUAUUUACAGCAGUUGUCGGUCUUACUAUGUUGGGAGUUAUUGCUCAAUGGAGUGGACACUUCUAUUCUCUAGGGGCACUGGCUACCAUAAGAUCCAUAUACCAAUUAUUGAUGCCGUAUCGAAGCAUCAACCUACUACUCGGUUCUCAUUUUUCUUCAAUCUGGACAUUUUGAUCUGCUCGUUUCCGGUUAGUGUUUGGUAUUGUAUCAACAAAAUCAAUGACAUACGAGUCUUUGUCUUUAUGCAAUUAGUGCAGUGCAUUUUGCGUUUAAUGUUAACUAUAACACCGGUUGUUUGUAUGUUGGCCGGCGUUGCAUUUUCAACGUUAUUGGAUGUUUAUUUACGUGAGGAUAAUACAAAACCAAACACAACGCUCACCGAAGAUGAAGAAAACUCUACCGAGAAGAAAACUUUAUAUGACAAAGCUGGAAAAUUAAAACAUCGACCGAAACAUGAUGCCCAGCAACACGAAACCGGCACAGGAAUCGGUUCUAAUUUGAAAACUUUCGUAAUAUUGGUAAUUUCAAUGAUUCUAAUGACAUUUGCGGUACAUUGCACAUGGGUAACUAGUAAUGCAGACGAUGCCCGAGUUAUGUCUUGGUUGGAUUUUGGUUAUGGAAAUAUAAUAUAUAAUCUUGUAUAUAUAAAUGUAUAAAAAAUAAGCAUUUAUCUCCCCUUGUACGUCUCCUGAAUAGUUUUAUACAAUAUAUGGUUAUCAGGUUGCCGGUAUGGCUGAUCGUACUAAUUUAGUCGACAAUAAUACUUGGUCGGAAAAGCUAUGUCUUCAUUUUUUUUUUAUUUUCUUAAAUUUUUGAAUUAAUAGUUCAUUGUCUAAUAAUUGUUUAUAUUUUUCU